UACAGCGGGACCACCUGCAGCCUACAGGACCUUGACAAUUAAGGCUGGGGAGGGAAGAAGGCAGGUAGCUGCUGGGUUUUACCAGGGCCGUCGCGUCUGGCCGACUCCUCAGCCGACCUACGCAACUUUCCGAUCAGAUGGGGAAUGAAGAAGAUGAUGAUUUCUCUAGUAAUCUCUCGAGAAAAGAGCUUCAAGGAUUGUGCAAGAAAUAUGGUCUCUCUGCUAAUAAGGCAAAUUCAGUUUUGGUGAAAUCACUGAUCUCUUACUUACAGAAGAAAAAUUUGAGGUCAAUGCGAUCAAGAGUAAGGUCAAGUGGGAGUGAAGAGGCUUCCCGUCCUACAUCUUGGAUGUCAAAACUGCAGUCUAGAGCACAGUUGGAUCCUGGGGUGAAGGGUAUGAAAGAUGUAGGAAUGCCUGAAAAACAAUUGGAUGUUUCUGUUGCUGAUAGCUUUCAAAUCAUUCCUUGCCCUAGAGAGGAGGAUCACAAUCAAGAAUUUUCUCUAACUGUUAAAAGCAAUGAAUUUGGUGGCAGUAUGAAGGGUGAUACUUGUAUUAAGGUACCAGAUAAAGACAUAGAAGAAGGCUUUGGGCGCUUAAUGUGUGAUCUUCAAGAGACAUCUUGCUCAAAGAUUGAUGAGAAUAGUUUUAACUAUAGAAAGGAUUUCCCAAAUAGAUGCUCUGGAAACACAUAUUCUGGCAUUGCAAGACAGCGUGGGGUAUUCAAUAUGCCCCAAAUCAAGUGUCAAGACACAGCUUUUGGUUCAAGUCUUCCAGGGAAUAACUAUGUUUCCUCUCUGAAAUCUUCUAAUAAAGUUCCUUCCUCGUCCAUUGAGUUUUAUGUUAGGUCAGAAGAGGGGAUUAAACUCUUUGUCGAUUUGAAUUCAAGCCCAUCAGGCUGGACAAGGACAUUGAAAGAUGAGGUAUGUAUUUGUCAGAAUGUGCAGAAUCACAAGUCUGGAAGUUUUCAGGAGGAGCUGGUGCGCUUAGGAGAUGAAAUUGACAAUAAGAAGAUGGAAGGUUCAUUUUUAUUGAGUACACGAUCAGGACAUGAAAUCAACAAUAGCAAUAUGCGAUCUUUCCCAAGUUCAAUUACAAGAGAAGGGACUGUGAGGGUUGAUCAUCUAGAUGUCAGUCAUGGAUCUGUAGGAUCCUCUGCAGGAAAAGCAUGUAGUGUUAGCCCAGAAGUGUUGGGACACUUGGAGAAAGAUCCUGGACCUUCGCUUCCAUCUAGACAUUCCAGCUCUGGUAGUGAAUCUUGCCCUCAAGAUGGGGGAACAGCAACUCUUGAUUUAUAUGUUAGCACUCCUGAGAAAAAAUCAGGUGGUAAUUCUGUUGUGAACUCGAUAUCAGAUGAUCCCAAAAGUAUCAGCACAUCGGAGCAACAAACUUCAAAGCUUGGUAAUGAGAAUUGUGAGAAUUCACUCCUAAAAAACAGUGGCAGUUCUGUGCAUUCUGGUGUACUAAUUCCUGGGCACUUGGAAAGCAUUCCUAUGGAGAUGCAGUUGUCAGAAGUAGCAAGCGCCAACAAAUUUGUAUCAUGUUCUCCCUGCAAAAAUGGUGGUUUGGUGACUGUGGUUGAUGAGUUGCACAACCUGGAAACGCAAGAUGAUGGAUUAGACAAUCCAAGGGAGCUUAAUCAUAAAACUUUUGGGAGCCAGCCACCAACAUGCACUGAAGAAUCGGAAAUGAGUAACCCUGUUAGUGGAAGGGAGAGUACAGGAUGUUCACAACAUGAUCUUUCUUCCGAGAAGACUUGUUUAAAGUCCGAUGAUUCAGAAUCCAAUGGAAGAUUUCAGAAAAAGAGGCAACACGAUGAUGGUGAAGAUAAUAAUGGUAGUAGUAAACCUAAUGCUAAAAUUUUAAGAAGCACAAAGUACGUUGCUGGGGAAGCCCUUCCCAGAAGAUCCAUGCGGCUGGUCUCUAAGUAAGAUUGUGAAGUUCAUGUGGGCAUCCUUAGAAGCAUUGGCUUAAGUAAAAUGAUAUCAUACUGUUCUGGAGUUGGAAUUGCAGUCAUAGUUACUAAAUUCAAUUGGGAUAUUUAGAGACACAGGAUUGACAAUUCUACAAGGGUGGCUUUUCUUUGGAUAGUGCGGUUGGCUAAAGGGCUGAGCUUUUUGAUGUUUUAAUUGCAUGCGACAUGGCCAUGGAUGGUCUAAACGAGUUGAUGCUACUUCAAUUGUUUUUUUUUUUUUUUCCCUUCAUUCAGCCAUUGUUUCGAACGGGCUAAACUGGGUGUAUUGUUCAUUUAUAAGCCCUGAUCUGAACAAGUGUGGUUGGUGCCUCAAUUAUCUGCAUCUUGAUGCUUUUAGAUGCAACUGCAAGGUAAAUUACUUUAUAUGGAAUAGUGUUCUAGUUUUGCAUCUU